GGUGAAUACCUUUUUGCUAUUAAUUCAUAAGAUUCAGUGCAAUAAUAACAAUAUGCUAAAUUAAUUUCUAGAAAUCAUUUUGGGGUGUGCUACAACCCAACACUGUAGGGUUAAAUUAGGUGGCGUGUGAUUCGGUCUGGCGCAAUGUUUACCUCAUGUUAGCCAUGUAGAAUCCCAAUCUCAUACUUGUCUUUUAAAAUCAUGAAACACAAACCCAGUUACACCUGAGCUGCUGGAUUAGAAGAGUCAGAGCUGUUUUGUUUAGGCUGUUGUUCAAUGGACUACUGCCAGUAUGCUUGCUCAACAAGUCAUGUACAGGCGUUCUCUGUCCAAAGGGCAACCAACAGGUCAGGUUUGUUUCUGUUCUAAAGAAACAAUAAAACAGAUAUGCUCUGUAAAGACUAGAAGAGGAUAAGAAAGAAGCCACUGUAAUGAUUUAGUCCAAAACCAAAACAAAACGCCUGGGCCUGCUUUAAGCAUGACAGCUUUGCCAAAUACAGAACCCCACUUGCUGCAGCUACAAGGUGUUGGAUCAAGCAGAGUGUCAGGAAAGACCUGCUCUCCGGGAAUCAGUUGCCCUAUUUCACACCGCGGGGCGAUGCCUGCAUUGAUGAUGGAGCAACAUGCUGUUUGCAUCCCUUCCCCGUACAGGGAUAGCAACAACGAUUGCACAGCAGUGGCAUUUUAUAGCCCUUCGAUGCUUGGGUACAGUGGGCACAGUAAUGGCAGCAUUCUGGACAGCCCGACAGUAAGACCAUGUUUGAGCCCCUCUGCAUUCUGGCCAUCACCAAGCCAUAUUUCCUCAUUAGCCCUUAACUGCCAGCAGAUGCAUACAGAUCCUCCAAGGAGCCCUUGGAAGGAGGAGAGAUCAACAGUGCAAAUACUGUCAGUGAGCAGCAACGAAAGCAGCAGAAAAAUAAAGGAAAAUUCAGAAGAUCAGGCCAACCCUUCUGGACGCUGCUCGGGUUCGAAACAGGCCAUGCACUAUUGCGUGGUGUGCAAUGACUUUGCCUCAGGUUAUCACUACGGGGUCUGGUCGUGUGAGGGGUGCAAAGCAUUCUUUAAAAGGAGCAUCCAAGGGCACAACGAUUAUAUCUGCCCAGCUACAAACCAGUGCACCAUAGACAAGAACAGGAGGAAAAGCUGCCAAGCAUGCCGGCUGAGAAAGUGCUAUGAAGUUGGAAUGAUGAAAUGUGGUACAAGAAGAGAGCGUUCUAAUUGUCGCAUUGUACGACACAGGCGUCUUUCUCAAGGCCAAGUGCAGCCCAACAAAACCAUUGAAAGUGGCUUACUGCAGACGAGCAGGAUUCACUGCAGUUCUCUGAGCCCUGAAAUGCUAAUUUCUUCAGUAUUAGAGGCUGAACCGCCUGAGAUUUAUUUGAUGAGCUAUCCCAUGAAGCCAUUCACUGAGGCCACCAUGAUGACAUCAUUAACCAGCCUUGCAGACAAGGAACUCGUGCACAUGGUCAGCUGGGCCAAAAAAAUUCCAGGGUUUAUGGAGUUCAGUGUGUAUGACCAGGUACGCCUAUUGGAGUGCUGCUGGUUAGAGGUGCUGAUGGUAGGGCUGAUGUGGAGAUCUGUUAAUCAUCCAGGGAAUCUCGUCUUUGCAACUGACCUUAUUUUGAAAAGGGACGAAGGGAACUGCGUGGAAGGGUUGCUGGAGCUUUUCGACAUGCUUCUGGCUACAAUUUCAAGGUUUCGAGAGCUGAAUCUGCAGCAAGAGGAGUAUCUCUGCCUCAAGGUCAUGGUCCUCCUCAACUCCACUAUGUUCCCCAGUCCCUCAGAGAAGCCAGAAGAAAUUGAAAGUAGAGAUAAGCUGCUUAAACUUCUGGAUGCAGUCACUGAUGCUUUAGUCUGGGUUAUUUCGAAGAAGGGACUCUCUUUUCAGCAGCAGUCAGCACGCCUGGCUAACAUCCUGAUGCUGCUCUCCCACAUCAGACAUGCAAGUAACAAAGGUAUUGAGCACCUCUACAGCAUAAAGUCUAAAAGUGUAGUGCCUUUCCGUGAAUUGUUGCUGGAGAUGCUGCACGCCUACUCUCUGCACUUCCCCAGAAUAUCAGUCAUCAGGACAUCAGAAUGCAGCCCAGAGGAACAAACCAAGGAGCCCGUCACCUGUUCAAAGCCAGAAGUAUUUUGCUAGGUAGCAGCCCUGCCCAAGUGCCAAACAUGCAAUGGAAGGAUACACAUCCUGCACGUCGGACCAGACCCCUCCCCUGUCACUAUGAAUUCAUGCAUUCUUUUUACUGUUGGGUUGUUUAAGGAACACAGACCUCUGCCAAAGUUAUCUGGGUUUAAGUCUCAGAUCAGAUGCACUUCCCUUUGAUCUCCCUUAUAUAAAAGCAGCUUCAGACUUUGAAAUUGAACCAGAGGAUAUAUUCGUUUUCAAGAAUGAGGACCACCAUCAAAGGCUCCCAUAUGUAUUGAUGCACAUACUGUGAUUGUAAUUCAGUAAAGCUUACCUUGUCAGCCAUGGUAUUUAUGAGCCGAAGUGACCAUUAUGAAAAAGUCUAAUGCAAAUAUAAAUAUGGUAGCAUCUGUUUUAUCUCCUUUAUUAAUGGUAGGAUAGAAACUGAAAAUAUCGGUGCCUACUGUAAGUGGAGAUUACUCAGAUAGUCACUGUACUAGCAACAGAAUGCAAUACUUCAUACUAAUUAAAUAGGAUGCAUUAUACAUGGUGGCUUAUCUGAAGCAACCCGCUUCUCAGAAGAAGUAUUUUAUUCUUUAUAUGACCAAUUUUGCCACAAAAAAAUAAAAUAUAUCUAUUAAUGAUUAUGCAAAAUUAUUACAUUUUCUAUGAUCUUGCAUAACAUCCUAUCCCACAUCACCCUUUUUGUUUUGCUGUAACUUGGCAAAUCAAAAUGUUAAAUAAUUAAAUAAAUAACUAAUAAUAAUAAAAACUAUCCUGGUUUUAUUGCCCCUUUAAGCUAGACAUCAGCUUGACUAUAAUAACCAGCCAUAUCUUCAUGAGGUUUGCAGAAUUGUUUUCAUAAAACAAAAACGCUUGAAAGGAACUGUUACACUGAAAAUUCCUAAUGUGUCUAGCAGAGAUGUAAAGGAAUGGCCAUGGGUUCAAGAGUCAAGUACUCCUUAUAUAUUCUGCUGGACCUCAGACAGGCACUACCAGCAUAUAGACAUAUAGACAAAUAGACAGGCAGACUGUUGCGUGUGCAAGUUAUCAUUGUCGAGGAUCAGGCAGCCAUUAUGGUCAACCGUUACAUUGAUCAUUAAAUAAACAAGUCUCUUGAACGAUAGUUAUUGUUAGCCCCAUGUGUAAACUGGUGACUCAGAAGGCUUGUUUAAUCCCAGGAAUGCUGAUAUAAGCCAGUUGCUGUUUAUCAGGCUGCUCUUAAUACAAUGUGUAUGGGAUAUUGAAGUCAUGCUGUGCCUAGGUGCAGUACAUUUUUACCAUAUCCUAUGUAGUUCUUUUAUCAUCUGUAAACCAAAUAUGCAAUUUUCUGCUGAGACAGUUAAGACAGAGGUCAGGGUAGAAUGCAUUUGUUGCUAGACUAGUAACUAGUAGACUAGUAGCCUUGUAGACAAACAAGGCUGUUUGUCAGCAGUAUCUGCCCUUGACAGUGAUACAGAUCUUAGUCAUAUUCAAAUUACAUUUUAAAAUACAGGAAUAAAACAGGCCACACAGAUGUAUUUUGAAUUUACAUUGCAUUGAUAUAUUGGUAAAUAGACAUUUUAUUGUAACUGCCUUGAAAAUGUCUUUUCAUAGCUAGACUGUACCCUCCAGGUAGACUUCUAAAGCACUGGAAUAUUGGGUGUUUUUGUUCCUUUUUAAAAAAUGGGAAUGUUUUUUAAUUAUCUUGCUUUACAAUGGUGAUCUGCUUUGUGAU